GAGUGUAUACAUCCUACUCAUUUUUUAAGGUUAUGUUUUGUUCGUGCAAAACAUAAUUCAUAACAACAGAAAGAGUGGAAGAGACAUAUAUGUUUUAGUAAUGCUUACCAAAGAGUAUCGAAUUUGCAUGCCACUUACUGUGGAAGAGUAUAAAAUUGGACAAUUGUAUAUGAUUGCCCGACACAGUCUUGAGCAGUCCAAUGAAGGGAAUGGCGUAGAAGUGAUUGAAAAUAAUGAAUGCAUUGACCCUGUACAUGGUAAAGGCCAAUUCACAGAAAAGAGGAUUCAUCUCUCGAGUCGUUUACCAUACUGGAUCCAAACCUUCUGUCCAAAAAUAUUCUAUGUUACUGAAAGAGGAUGGAACUACUAUCCAUUUACUAUUACUGUGUUCGUUCAUACCAAAGCUUAAUAUUAAAAUACACACUAAAUUCGAAAACGAUCCCGGUACGUCUGAAAAUUGUCUAAACAUACCUCAUGAGAAACUAGAAGAACGAUUAGUUGAUUUUGUGGACAUAGCUUUCGACGAGCUGAAUGGCAAACAUUACAAGGAAGACGAAGAUCCGAAAUUUUUCAAAUCAGCUCUCACUGGCCGUGGUCCUUUGUUAGAAGGAUGGAAACAAACCGAUGAGCCUAUUAUGUGCUCCUACAAAUUAGUACAGGUGUCAUUUGAGGUCUGGGGUCUACAGACAAAAGUGGAAGAUUUUAUACACAAUUGCAUCAGAGAUAUACUAUUGCUAGGACACCGACAAGCGUUUGUAUGGAUUGAUGAAUGGCAUUGGAUGUCAAUCGAUGAUGUCCGGAAAUAUGAGAGUGAAAAACAAAAAGAAGCGAAUCGAAAAGUGCUACAAUUCAAUGAAUUGACCUCCAAUAUGGAUGAUAUUGACUGAACCUAAUUUCUAUUUUGUGCACACAAAUUUUUACAGUAGGAAGCAACAAUCAAAUUGUAACAUAAUAUGAGAACAAUUAUCAACAAAAAAGUAUAUUUAAGUAGAGCAACAACAGCUGUCUAUUUGCAAGAAAUAUAUUCAGUCAGUGAUAAUUCGUUUCCGUAAUUAAAUCCUAUAAGAUAAGACAACUCGUGCUACGAUUAUUAAUUGGUCUCGGUUUGCAUUUGGAUAUUAUUAUUUUAUCUAGAGCAGUGAUUCCCAAACUGAUCCCUACAGCCCACUAGUGGGCAUUAGCUCGAUUUCAGUGGGUAGAAAUUGUUAAUAAGUGGGCAAUGAGUCGAUACUAAUAAAAUAUUUCUGAGAAAGGUCCUGAGAAAAAUGUAUUCAUGACAAGUUUAUAUA